AGGAAACAAAGGGCGCAGUCCUGAGUUAAUGCAAGGGCCCAUCUUGGGUGGAAGCAGCGUGAAGACCCCGAUAAAGCCUGGUGUGACUGUCCCAAAACAGCAGCUGGGCGAUCUUCACGAAGAGGCUGAGUCGUCUCAGCCUCCGGCACAGGAAUUAUGCCACAAACAGACAAACAAGUAUGCAUCCCUCCGGAGCUUCCAGAUUUGUUGAAGCAGUUUACAAAAGCUGCCAUUCGGACACAGCCUCCUGAUCUGAUCCAAUGGUCUUCUGACUAUUUUAAUGCUAUGGCCCGUGGAGAGAAUCCUCCUGUAAGAGAACGACCAGAUAGAGUCCCUUUAUCAAACUGUGCAGAGCUUACACCAGAGCUCUUGAAGGUCUUACACCAGAGAGUGGGCGGGAGGCUGAUAAUCCACGUAGAUGAGCUAGCCCAGAUGUGGAAGGUGCUCAAUCUUCCUACAGACCUAUUUGACAGUAUUAUGAACGUUGGACACUUUACUGAAGAAAUUGAAUGGCUCAAGUUUUUAGCUCUGGCCUGCAGCUCUCUUGGAGUUACUAUUGCAAAAACUCUGAAGAUAAUAUGUGAGGUUUUAUCCAAUGAGAAUGACAGUGGACCCGCCCGUAUCCCCUUCAGCACUUUCCAGUUUCUCUACACUUACAUCGCUGAAGUAGAUGGGGAGAUUUCAGCAUCUCAUGUUAGUCGAAUGCUGAAUUAUAUUGAGCAGGAGAUCAUUGGGCCAGACGGCUUGAUCAAGGUGAAUGAUUUUACCCAGAAUCCGCGGGUCAGGUUGGAGUAGUUCUCAGUACAUCAUACACUGCUAUGUUGAUAGGAAGAAGACGAAACAGAGGACAGAAUAAGAAUUACAAAUAGGCCAA